AGGGCAGUGUUGUGUGGCUGGUCACAGUAAGCUCGAUAACAUACAAAUGCAAUUCUGCAAGAGCCACCACCUCGGAACUGCCACUGCCUGUGAGCCAUCGAGCACGCAAUUGCAGUUUCAGGCUCGCGUGUAAGCCCGCCGGUCUCAAACAACACGGAGCCCGCAGCAGCCUCUGCGCACCACACACCUGACGGCCAGCCACGCUCAGGCGCGCGCCAGCCUACCGGUCGGGAUGGCCUCGACGGGUGUGGGGCUGGGGCUUCCAAUCCCCGGAACAAGAACACAGCAGCGAGGUGCUCCAGGAGCGUUUGGAGCUGAAGCCUGCCGGCCGCUGCCGUGUGCGCCGCGCCCUGGGCACCGCCUGAUAAGCAACGGCAGGACCCGAGCUGUACACAGCCGCUGCCCCCGGCCUGCGGAGCCGAACCGGCGAGCAGCCCCGCCGCCCGCCUGUGUGCCUGCGCAUCAGCCAAUAACACCAGCUGGCACCGGCUCAGCUGCAGGGCCUGCAGGCGUGCCGCCGCCGCCGGCUGCCGCCGCCACGACAGGUACUGGCGCCGGGUUGCCGCUGCACGACCCGCUGCGCACGCCCAUGCCGGACAUGGGGGAGGUGCUGCGGGAGCACGGCUGGAUGCUGGAGGCGCCCCUGGAGCAGCUCAUGGCACAGGCUGCCAGCCUGCGCGACCAGCGGCCACGCCACGCCAACGUCGUGACAUUUUCGCCCAAGGUGUUCCUGCCUCUGACGCGCCUGUGCCGCGACCGCUGCGGCUACUGCACCUUCGUGACGCAGCCGCGGCCGGGGCGCCGCGCCUACAUGACGCUGGACGAGGUGUUGCAGGUGGCGGAGCUGGGUGCGGCCGCGGGCUGCAGCGAGGCACUGCUUACACUGGGCGACCGGCCCGAGCUGACGUGGCGGGAGGAGGCGGGGGCCGAGCUGGCGGAGCUGGGGUACGGCAGCACUCUGGAGUACGUGGAGGCGGCGGCGCAGGCCGUGUACAGCCGCACGGGGCUGCUUCCGCACAUCAACGCGGGCGUCAUGACGGAGGCGGAGAUCAGCCGCCUCAAGAGGGUGUCGGCCAGCCAGGGCCUGAUGCUGGAGAGCACCUGCCUGGACCUGCUACAGCCCGGAGCCGCGCACCACGGCUGUAGCAGCAAGCACCCCACCGCCCGCCUGGCCACCAUUGAGGCGGCGGGACGGGCGGGUGUGCCGUACACGUCGGGGCUGCUGGUGGGCAUUGGCGACAGCCGUGCCGACCGCCUUCACGCGCUGGCGUGUCUGCAGCGGCUGCAUCGCAAGUACGGCCACAUACAGGAGCUUAUCAUCCAGAACUUCGUGGCCAAGCCCGGCACGCCCAUGGGCAGCGCGGGGGCGCCCUCGCCGCCGCUGUCGGAGCUGCAGUGGGCGGUGGCGGCGGCGCGGGUCAUGUUCGGACCCGACAUGAACAUCCAGGCGCCGCCGAACCUGACGCCGCUGGAGGGCGCCGAGGCCGAGGGCGGUGUGGGCGGUGCGGCCGAGGCGGAGGCGGCGCCGGCGGCCGGGUGGCGGGCGCUGCUGGAUGCAGGCAUCAACGACUGGGGCGGCAUCUCGCCAAUCACCCGGGACUUUGUGAACCCGGACCGGCCCUGGCCGCACCUGGCACCGCUGGCCGCCGCUACUGCCGCCGCCGGAAAGCUGCUACUGCCGCGCCUGCCCACCUACCCAGCCUACCUGGGCCUGCUCGCCACGCCGGCCCACGCCGGCAGUAGCAGCAGCGACAGCAACAACAACAUGGCGGCUCACGUAGCAUCAGCGGGGUCAGCAGGAGCGGCUGUAGCAGCUGCGCCGGGUGGCAACGGCAGUAGCAGCGGCAGUGGCAGUAGCAGCGGCAGUGGCAGUAGCAGCGGCUGGUUGGACUUCAAUGGCGGCAGCGCCAGCAUCGGUGCGGCGGUGCUGCGGGCGGCGGACAGCUCGGGCUGGCUGCGGGCCAGCGAGUGGGUAGCGGGUCGGCCGGAGGCGGCAGACGGCGAGGCGGCCGAAGGCGAGGCGGCAGCGGCAGCGUCAUCGCCACCAUCACCAACAUUACAAUCAGACACCGCAACCCAGUCGCCGCAAGCGGUGGCGUCCGCGCCUGCCUCCUCCCCACCUCGCUCCUCUUCAUCGCCGCCCGCACUGCCCUCCGCGACGCAUCAGCAGCACCAGCAGCCGGCAGCGACGCGGCCGAGUGUGCCGCCGCCGCGGCGGCCUGGGCCGGGUGGCGGCUGGCGUGUGGCGGUGGGCGAGGACGGCGCGCUGUUGGGGUUCCCCGCGCCGCGCGAGCCCUCGCGCCCAGUGACGCGGCUGUUGGAGGGGGUGGUGGAGGGCGGGCGGCCGCUGCAGCGGGAGGAGAUCGAGCUGCUGCUGCGCAGCCGAGGUGCCGACCACGCGGCGGUGUGUGCUGCCGCCGACCUGCUGCGGCGGCGCAUGUGCGGCGACGACGUGAGCUAUGUUGUGAAUCGGAACAUCAAUUACACCAACGUCUGUACCUACAAGUGCUCCUUCUGCGCCUUCUCCAAGGGCAAGGCGGCCGAGGCGCUGCGGGGACCUGCCUACGUGGUGCCGCUGGAGGAGAUCAGCAGGCGUGCGGAGGAGGCGUGGGAGCGAGGCGCCACAGAGGUGUGCAUGCAGGGCGGAAUCCACCCCGACUUCACAGGCGACACCUACCUGAGGAUACUGGGGGCGGCCAAGGAGGGCGCACCACGCAUCCACGUGCACGCCUUCAGCCCGCUGGAGGUGGCGCACGGGGCGGCCAGCCUGGGGCUCAGCUACGAGCGCUACCUGGAGAAGCUGGCGGCAGCUGGCCUGGGCAGCCUGCCUGGUACGGCAGCCGAGGUGCUAGACGAUGCCGUACGGGGCGUGCUGUGCCCGGACAAGCUCAGUACGGCGGAAUGGGGGCAGGUGGUGGCCGCGGCACACGCGGUGGGGCUUCGGACCACCUCCACGAUAAUGUUUGGAAGCGUGGAGGAGGGGCCGGCGGCGUGGGCCGGACACCUGAUGGAGCUGCGGCGGCUGCAGCAGCAGGCGGAGCGGCUGGCGGCUGGCGGCGGCAGUAGCAGCAGUAGUAGCAGCGGGGGAGGUGGAGGAGGCGGAGUGGGUUUCACGGAGUUCGUGCCACUGCCGUUCGUACACAUGGAGGCGCCCAUCUACCUCAAGGGCCGGUCCCGGCGCGGCCCCACGUUGCACGAGGGGCUGUUGCUCCACGCCGUGGCGCGACUGGCGCUGCACCCACACAUCCCUAACAUCCAGGCCUCUUGGGUCAAGAUGGGUCCGGGCCGGGCGGCGCAGCUGCUGGCGGCGGGUUGCAACGACAUGGGCGGCAGCAUCAUGAACGAAACCAUCACGCGCGCAGCCGGAGCCUCCCACGGACAGGAGCUGCCGCCGCCGCGCAUGGAGCACAUCAUCCGCGCCGCCGGCCGCAGCCCGCGCCAGCGCACCACCCUGUACGGUGUGCCCCCGCCCGAGCAGACGGCGCGGUCCUUUGCGGCUGCGCCGUUGGCGCCACUCAUGUCGGCGGCGCCAGGCAGCGGUGUACUGCGGUAGCGCGGUUGCUUCUGCGGAGGAACGCGAAAACUGCGGGGGCGUUGCGAAGGGAAGCGGACGUCUGGGUGGAUGUGGCUGGAUAUGGUUGCUAGCGUGUGCGGCUGAUGGGGUGCAGUUGCGGCUGGUGGCGCCGUGGUGGGCCGCCAAACCCGAGAGGAAGUGCGGGUGUAUGUUUACACGACGGGACGUGUCGUUGCCACCGAAUUCUGCCCCGAUCUGGUUGCCGCUACCGUCUAGUACCAAUCCCAUGGAAGGUUGAAAGGGAGAACCUGUAUUGGCUUGGGGUUUGAACCGGGGCGGACGAUUCGAUGCGUCGAGGCAAGUUCGCUGACACGACGCUGCCAAGGUUUGAUAGCUAGUGCCCCUUACCAAGGGCCCUUGUGCUCGCUCACUUUUACACGGCACGCAUCGCAAGACAGGGCUUGGCGCGUUUGCGCGUGAUACAAGUAAUGUGGACAUUACGCGUUGCUCAUAUUGGCGGGUGGGCGGCUGGUGUGCGACGAUCGACAUGUUGACAUGCGGCCAUGCUCCUCGCUGACUCCAGGCUCGAAUCGCUAUCACCUACCAUCCGCCUCACGCGUACACCCUCACUUGGUCUCUGUCAAGGCGACGGGGCAUCCAACCGCCGAUGCGUGUCAACGGGCACAGGCACUGCGCCAGCAGUGUAGAUGCCAGGCAAGGUAGCAUGGGAGCAUUGCGCAGGGCCAAAGCGGGGUCCCGCACGUCCCUGCUGUUGGGAACGAAUGGAGGUCGUGUGGUAACUAUGGCCGCUGUUUACGUGCACACACCGAUUCGCCUCCCCCCUUGGAACCCAUGCGCACGCGUGUCGAGCAUGAUGGGCACAGGAUGGGCGUUGUGGCCGGCCUGAACCUGUCUCGGCUCGCCGUGUAAAGAGCUAGUAAG